AUGGCCGGAGUAUCCGGGUGUUACAGCUACCUCGAGCUAGUUGGUUUCAGCUGGCCUCCAGGAUAUACCGUUGGUACAGACGGCUUCAGGAAUCUGAGGUUCUGCCUUGUGGGCACAACGCUCAAGUUUCAGAUGGGCGCCAUGCCAAGGCUUGAACACCUGCAGUUUGUAGUUUAUGCAGGGUAUUGGAGCUCGGUAGAAGAUGAUGGUGUGCCGUUGGAGCAGUUCCCAACAAAGGAAGAAAUCGAAGAUCUUGACUUGGGUCUGGAUAACCUCCUUUCACUUGAGCAAGUCGGCGUCACAGUCGACUGCACGGGUGCUACUGCCGCAGAAGUGCAGGAAGUGGAGGCUAUGGUCACGCAUGCUGUGGAAAAUCAUCCCAACCGUCCAACCAUAAAAAUGGAUCGAGUAUAUGAAGAUGGCAUCUUAUCUGAUGAACAUAAGGUGGCUCUACUUCAGCACCACAUUGAAGAACGUUUCAGUGUGCUCGAGUGGAAGGAUGAUCCUGAUGCUCAGUUCAUCAGCUUCCUGUGGAUGCGCCGACGUCUUCAGAAAGCCAUUUGUUACAUCGACUGUGCGGGUGCCAACAUGUGUGAGGUGGAGAAAGUGGAAGCAGCUCUCAGACGUGCAGCCGAGGUUCAUCGUAACCAUCCGACUAUCCAAUUGAUCAGAACGAACACCGAUGAAAUGGUCUCCUCAUCUCACCGUCCCGAUACAGAGUUGGAGAGCGAUCAUGAUGAUUCACCAGAAAAUUUGCUUUGCAAACUCCAGUUAAAGCAUUGAAAACCCUGCACCCCUUCGAACCCAGCAGGUAAAUGUGAGUUGUUGUACUGAAGAGACAAGUCCCAUUCAGCCAGAUGAUUCCAAGCAUUUGCAGGGCUUAUUAGAUUUGUGGUCCUUAGUCUAAAGUCACAUAGAAGGAGGCUGAUGAACCACAAGUGAUGCAAUUUAUGUGCGAUCUAUAUUUGUCUCAAUUUUAUAAGAUAGGUCAUAUAUUUCCUUGAGAGUGAUCUUGAUUGAUUUUGUGUGUGAAGUGUAUUUUUAACGACGUUUGUAUGUGAGCUAUAUUUUUAAAUUUUCUUUUCUGAGAUGGGUUGUGUUUUUGCUUGAAAGACAAGGAUGAUAUAUUCCUUGAAAAUAAUCAUGAGGGCAUUUUUACUCUAA